AAAAUGAAAAGAAAAUGCGUACCGCACAGCAGUGAAGUGAAAGGAAUGCGUGCACAAAACCGCACGAGCUCACCGCACAAAGCAUUUAUGCAGGGGGUGGGCCGUUUUGCGGAGAUUUUCCUUAAAUACUUUUCCUUCCAUUCUUCCGGGAUGAGUUUUUAUUUUAUGGUCGGUCAGACCCAACCGCCGUGAACUCACCAGCUCAUCGAGGAUGGGUGAAAAGCGACCGAUGGAGGAAUGGUGCUGCGAGUGUAUACUAUUGAUUAAAACGGAAGGGAAAAACGCCAGAUAAAACCCAGAUUCUUGCCCCCGGGGGUUGAUGACCGCUUGUGGCCAUGUUGGGGCGGGUGGAGAUUUUCCAAAAUUGUUUCGAGCGUAAAAUCGCGCCCACGAGAAACGUUUCCAUUUCCGGCCUUCCCCUUUUUUUUUGUUUGGCACGAAUUUUGCUGACCGGUGGUCCUGAUGUGUAUGGAGGUUAUUGUUUUUGCUUUUCCAGUAUUUUUUUGGGAUUUUUCGUUUCCCGGUAGGAUGGACAGGCAGAAAUCAGCGUCAUCGGAAUGUGCAUGACUUAAUAGGGAAAUCUUCGGAGGCUUGGCUUUUUUACGCGCCCAUCGAGAGUGAAAUUGGAUAUUGUGUCGUUUUCCGUGGAAAGUGUAUGGAAAAGUUGAUUUCUGUUUCGUUUUUUAGGUGUGCAACACAGCGUGAAAGAGUGCUUAAUGGAAAUUAGUGAACCAUCUUCAAAGUGGUGAUGAUAACGAGCAUUGAUUUGUUCAAAGUUUGAGAGUUUAGCUUUACGCCCUGAAGAACUAAAUAUCAGGAACUAACUCAUCAUACUUGUCCCAUCAUAGAUGGCACCGAUCAAUCUAGCGUACCGGGCCGACACAACCGACGGACGGACGACACGCCCGACAAGGACGCACCGACCCAUUUCAAUCUGAAGUUGUCAGGUCACGCACCGUCCGUGUUGCCGUUCUUUCCUCACGAUUCCGCAACGGUCCUGAUGUGGCAAUCAAUCAUUUUAAACCUGUGACUGAACACCGCACGAACCCAUCCGCGUGUGGAUUGAAGCUACGAGUAUGUAGCGCGACGGAUUAAAUCAUUACUGUGUGCGUGUGUGAGUUUGUCCCUUUUUCGUAAUCAAGUUCUGCGAGGCAGGGAUCGUAAAAAUUGUUCUGCUCAAAAAUCCUGUGAACACGGUGGUAAAGCUACCGGGGUGAGCUACGUUUCGGUUUUUGGGGUUGACUUGCGACGACUUGAAGCUGAAACGAUUGACGGCAAUAAAUGUCCAGCCAUGCCUGUCGGUGACAGAACCUGCGUCAAAGUUGUGGCCUCCCUGUGUGUGACCCGGGUCGAUGGAUGUCAUCGGUGUGGAGUGGUUUUUCCGUAUCGUCCGGGACCGGCACCGGGUUUGUGGCUGGGACACUAAUUAGCUUAGAAGAACUCAGUGCUUAGAGGGGUCGGAGAGUGGUCGGUUGAAGUGGAGUGCAAAAGAAAGUCAACAUACAUAUCAGAGAGGUGCUUUGGAUGUGUGCCUCCCAGCACAGAUUUAACGUGAGCAUGCAUAAACUGUUGCCAAGGAUGAAACGAAUGAAGGCGGAACAUUUACAUCGUACCUUUAAGUCGACCGAAUGGAUGUGGUGCUGCUUGUUCGUGUGUGUGUGAAGGAUUGAAAGUGACCAUUCCAUGUUUGGGACACGUUUGCUAAUGAGUUUAUAUGGAUGAGCUAAUCCUUUCCAUGCUAGUGGACGAUAUUGGUGCAGCACGACAGCGACAGCAGGUACGCAAAGCUCAGCAACCGCAGGAUCUCUCGGCCCCGGUGUCAGCCACAAUCGUCACCGGCCGCCCUGCCCCGUACUCAACGCCCUCGACUAUCUUGGCCACGGUGGUGAGCGGUGGGACGAGCCUCGUGCCGGGCAGCAUUCCGACACCGUUCGCAGUGUUGCUGGCGCACAACCAGACAACCGGUGACCAUGGCUUCGGCCAGGGUUUCACCGGCGGUGCGGUCGAUGCCGGCGAGGCCGGUGGCAGCGGGAGCGGUGAAUCGAUCGUCGGACCGGCGGCGUCGAUCGGUAUCGGAGGUUCGCUCGGUGUGUCGACGGUUACCGGUGGUACGACGGUAGCGACGAUCGUGUCCUCGACGCUGGCGAACGCAACACUGUCCGAGCACGAGCUCGAUCUGGACACGAUCCGCAAGGUGAUCAUCUGCAUCGUACUGUUAGCUGUGAUAUUCGGUACGAUCGUCGGCAACAUACUGGUGUGUGUGGCCGUCUGUCUGGUGCGGAAGUUGCGCCGGCCCUGCAACUAUCUGCUCGUGUCGCUCGCCGUGUCGGACCUGUGCGUGGCCUGUCUGGUGAUGCCGCCCGCCCUCAUGUACGAGGUGCUCGGUGAGUGGAACUUUGGGCGCGUGUUCUGUGAUAUCUGGGUGUCGUUCGAUGUGCUGUCCUGUACCGCUUCCAUCCUAAAUCUGUGCGCGAUCUCCGUCGACCGGUACUGGGCGAUCACGAAACCGCUCGAGUACGGUGUGAAGCGAACGCCCCGCCGGAUGAUGCUGUGCGUGGCGCUGGUCUGGUUGGCGGCUGCCUGCAUCUCGCUGCCACCGUUGCUGAUACUCGGCAACAAGCACACGAUCGGCGAAGGGUCCGACCAGCGUCCGUUCUGUGCGGUGUGUGAAGACGUCGGGUAUCAGAUCUACGCCACGCUCGGUUCGUUCUACAUUCCGCUCGCCGUGAUGCUGUUUGUGUAUUAUCAAAUCUUUCGUGCCGCCCGGCGAAUAGUGAAGGAUGAGAAGCGUGCCCAGACGCGGCUGGAGAAUAGUUUGGCCGUGGAUAAGGUGAGUACCACCACCCAAACGACAACGACGACGACGACGACGGCCAUGAGCCUGAAGCCACCGGAUAUGAUCGGUUCGGCGAUGGCUGCCGGGGCGGCACUUGGACCGGGCGGUGGAUCACCGCAUCAGAAGAAGCUUCGCUUUCAGCUCGCCAAGGAACGAAAAGCGUCCACCACGCUCGGGAUCAUCAUGUCCGCGUUUACGAUCUGCUGGCUGCCGUUCUUCAUACUGGCGCUCGUGCGCCCGCUCAUGGACGACGACUAUCCGACGCUGUCGUCGUUCUUCCUGUGGCUCGGAUACGCCAACUCGCUGCUCAACCCGAUCAUCUACGCCACGCUGAACCGCGACUUCCGGAAACCGUUCCAGGAGAUCCUGUACUUCCGCUGCUCGAACCUGAACAUCUUGAUGCGGGAGGACUUCUACCACAGCCAGUAUGGUGAGCCCGGAUCGCAGCGGUUCGUGCUCGAGAACGAAGGGCAACACACGGCACGGGAAAGCUUUCUCUAACUCGAUGCACCGAGUGGGCGCUCGCCCGAAGGAUUGUUCCUCGAAAACCUAAAAAAAAGUGCUUUCAUUCGAACUGAAGCCGCUUUCCACGCGUUCGGAUCGCUUGCCCGGUUUUGCGUUUCAUUUUGUCUGUUCUUCUUCCGUUCUUUUCGGGCCUUCCGGAGCAUGGAGCACGUGGGGAGGCGUUGGUUAAACGCACCCCCCGCUUCCUGCAGCCAUAGUAGUAUUAACUGUUUGGUGCACUGAGCUGGUGUAGUGCUUGCGAUGAUCUACGCGCAAGAGGCAAAAGCACCUUGCGAUGAAUAAUAACUGAUAAGCUAAGCUAACUUUACAAACUCAAAACGACGGUCGGCAGGGCGGACUAGUUGGGGGUUUCGUUAGGUUUCCAUGAGACAAUUACUGGUGAAGUUGUAUAGUAUAAUUAUUAAAUUAAUAAUUAUUCUCCACCACACAUACAUACGUAGGGGGCGCCUAGCUGGGGAAGGCGGGACAUUAGUGUAUAACUUGCACAACAACAAGAAACACAAGCCGAUACAAUCACCGCUGUCUAAUUAGAGGGUAUGGUAAACACAACAAUCCAAUCAUUCGUAUAGCCGUUUGACACGAGCAGUAGUGAGCUUUGUCAUUAAAACAAAAAUUGAAAUAAAAAAAAAAACACUCUACAACUAAACAUGCAAAGGAACUAGGAAUUCUCGGGGUGGGUAUGUCGAUGGUAGUACUCAGUUUAGCGAUAGUAGUUGCACGUAGCAAACGUAGCAGAUUAGUUUUGUUGGUAGCAAAAUGUUUGUAUCCGGCCGACUAUCUUUAGAGCUGUCCCAAGGAUACCACACUCAAGCUCUGGAUCUCAGAAGUAUAAACAGGCAGCAAGGGGAGGUUAAUUUUUUGGCUAGUUUAUUAGUGCAACUGCAUCGAGAGAUACUAAAAGUGUGAACCUGGACAGGAAUAUAUUCUGAAGCAACUCUAAAGCUCUAACGAUGGGUGUCCUUAAUCAAAAGCGGUUUUUCGGUUGUUCUAAGCCACUUGUUUACACUGUGGGUGACGAAGGAAUGUAUUACAACCAGUAAUAAACCACAGAACAUAAGACUUUGAGGGCGAACAAUUACUUACGUCGAACGGAACGGACACUCUGCAGCCGCAAUGGCGGACGCCGGAAGGAAUAUUUGAAGAAUUUACUCGUAAAACGAAACGAACUCUUUUAGUGUGUAACAGCCGUAGUCGUUGUAAGUGAUAUACGAUCGAACCGUGUUGCGUGUGUAAGUGUGUGUAUGUAUGUUUGUGUGUAUGUUCGGGACGUGUGGUUGAAGGGCAAAACGGUGUCUAGGUGCAAAUAUUUCCGUAGGCUCUAAAGUAAAGACCGAUACCGACGCUCAGCACGCCGUUCGGAGUGUUCAUUUUAGUUUGCGCCAAUUUUUUUGGAGGUGUAUACUAGGUGUAAAAUGGUGAUCACCGACAAUGCUACAGGAACCAGAUGCAGGUGGCGCACGCGAAACAAAGCUAUAAACCGGAACUGCGAUUUGCUGCACCGAUUAGAUACGAGCGGUUCGAUGCUUGCGACUAUUUACAAUUUUUGCUCUCUAAACUAUCACUCAACGGGGCAAAAGGGCGAGGCGUGCGGCGCGCAAUGGGCGAUUAUUUACACGAGCAUCAGUUGUUGGUUGCGUUGUUUUUCGACUGUAUUGAUUGUUUGUCUUUUCUAUCGAUGAUUGAAUCUCUUCUACAGAUCGUAUAUUUAUAGACAAAAUCUGACCUUAGACUUACACUAAGAUACACGUGAAUCGGAGAGGAAAAGGAAAAAAAAAACGAUACCCCUUCGAACGCUACUCGUAUACCUUAACUGAGCUUUUUUGGAAUUUGUUACCGGAAACUAUUUUUAAAUGAGAAAUAAAAUGAAAAAUAAAAACCGAGAAAGGCUCAACCCGAUCAACUCGGACGCUCUAAAUCAUCAACACUCGAUAGAUGUGCUUCAGUAGGGAAAUGAUGUAUUAUGGUAUUAAACGUAUAGUAAAACACCGACGGGUGUGUGUGUGUGUGUGCACACCGUGUACGAGCACGUCGAACCGUGUGACAGAGACGUAGGACAGAUAAUAGCGAAGAGGAAUGCAAUUCUUUCAAUGUGGUGAGCGCAUUUGAAACAAAAGUCUGGUUGAUUUUAUACUGAAAUCUAUAAUUGCUCCUAUAGCAGAGACAUGUGGCACGCAUGGCCGGGAGGUGAUUAAUAAAUAUCAACUAGCGAAAUAUCUGAAUGGGUAAACCUUAAAUAUAAAUCUAAGAGGUAGAGAGAAAUCUGAACAAAAAAAAAAAAAAACAC